GAGUUGUGCGCCGACUAGGAGAUGAGGCCUCUCCAAUCUAUUCUUUUGGCUUUCAUGUUUAUGUUUUCUACCUUCCGCAUCAACGCCGCCAGCACCAACCCUGGAUUUAUUUGCCCUUGCGUGAAUGGAAACUGCACAGAGGGAGAUGGAUCUUGCAAGUGUGAAAGAGGUUGGACUGGAGUAUAUUGCGAAAGAUCUGACGGAAUUUGUCCUGGUGGAUGCGGCUUGUACGGCUACUGCGACGUGGUGACCAAAAAAUGCAGUUGCAUUCAAGGAUAUUAUGGAGAAUAUUGCAACAAGGAAUGCCCUAAUAACUCUUUUGGAUCAAACUGCGCCUUCAAUUGCAGUUCGCAUUGCACUUUUCAAAGAAAAGGACCAAAUCAUCACUUCCAACGAUCAACGAGGUGCAAUAGAAUGACUGGAGAGUGCACUUGCGACGACUUGUUGCGACACUCUGCUAGCUACGACACAUGGAUUUCUUGUAAGGCAAAAUGUCGGCCUGGAGUUUUGGUAGAUGGAAAUUGCAAGAUACCUUGCCCGCCAGGCACAUUUGGGUACAAUUGCACACAAGAUUGCCCAUCUACUAUCGCAGGAUCGAAUAAAACAUGCGAUUCUGCGUCUGGGAGACCAAUUUGCAAGCCUGGCUACCAUGGAGUUUUUUGCACCAAGCAAUGUCCACCUGGGACGUUUGGAGUGAACUGCAGCGAGUGCAAAACUUGUAAAGUCGGACAGUGCAAUUUCAUCACAGGAGAAUGUCAGUGCCUUCCUGGUUGGACGGGAAAUUCAUGCUCGGAACUGUGUGGGAACGGUACCUUCGGUCAAAAUUGUAUGCGAACCUGUUCCUGCGUCAACGGAAGGUGCGACCCUGCCAGCGGAGACUGCAUCUGCUUCUCGGGCUUCUCUGGUCCCCAGUGCCGAGAACCAUGCACCCAGGGACGAUGGGGCCCGAGCUGCGUAUACGAGUGCGUGUGUCUAAACAGCGCCAAAUGCAACGCGAAGGACGGGAAAUGCAGCUGUGAGAGAGGAUACACUGGAGACCGGUGCGAGCAGCCUUGUUCACCGGGACAAUUUGGUGCCAACUGCAGCGAGGAGUGUUCGUGCAAAAAUGGCGCCGAGUGCGACGCAGAGAACGGAGCGUGCCUGUGCCUGGCCGGCUGGCAGGGCGACGACUGCUCUGAAGUUUGUCCCGCGGGCUCUUUCGGGCCCAACUGUGCGCUGGCGUGUCCGUGUGAGAACGGGGCUUCGUGCGGCCCCAUGGACGGCGUUUGUAACUGCACAGCCGGCUUCCGCGGACAAAUCUGCGAGGAGCCAUGCGCCGAUGGCACCUGGGGAGCCAACUGCGAAAACAAAUGCGGCUCCGAAUGCAGUGGUAGUUGCUCUGUCAUAGACGGACGAUGCAUCUGCCCAGAAGGAUUAGAGGACAGCAAGGGUUGCAACAACGUCUUCGAGUGUAGCGGUGCUUCGUGUGAAUUAAAAGCAGACAGUGUCAUCUCCUCCACUCACAUCGUGUCAAGUGUGGUUGCAGUGCUACUCUGUUUGCUUUUGACGACAGCUGCGAUUUUCACGUACAAAGUUCUGGUGCUGAAUCCAAGGAAUAUACCAACAACGACCGAAAGUGCCAUUGUUCACGCUUAUAAUGUUUUGUCUCCGAAUGAAAUUGACUACAUUUUAGGAGUGCCAGAUACCAAUAAUCUGGAAGAUAGUUCAAAUACUACUUAAAUAAUAUUUAAUUGGAUACAAUUUUAAUAAAUAGAUUUGAUAAAAACAUACGAACGGAUAUGCACGAGUACGCAAUAAACUUUUUAGUGAAAAGUAGCUGUUUUAGGUGAA